AUGAAAUUCUACCCUCACGUAUUCUCGCGGAAUACGCGGAAUACGCAGGAUACGCAGGAUACGCAGGAUGAGAGGAUCUCUCCACGCGGGGCUGCAGCUAAAUGCUUCGAGCUCGUCUGGGGCGCUCGCCUGAGCGAUUCUCCCGAGCUAAUCGAACCCGCAGACCAUUCAAAGCUUCACAUCCAGUGCUCUGACCUUGAUGAAGAUACGCUAGCCACGGAAUCCCAGUUCUUUAGACCGGCCGGUGAUGGUGAAAUUCCCUUGCCCUAUUCUGGUGACGACAAAACCAAAGCCAGGCUCGAACAGUACAAGAGAUGGCGCAAAUUGUUUAGGGAAAACCGCACGGCCGACCUUGCAGGGCAGGCGGGGCAACUGGCAUAUAUCAUCAGUACGAUGUUUGACUACAUCUCCCGCAAUACCAAGAAGACUGUCUACGGGAGUCAUCCAUCGUUACGAGACCCCUUCCCAGAGGCAAUCCGCACGGAGUUCGCCGAUUUUUUCCCGGAUCCCUAUGCCCUCGAACGCGCCUACGCCUACAACGAAGGAAGUCUCGGUGGCAAGGUCAAACGUUCGCACACUCUCAUUGUGCUCGCGGUAUCCCAGCCGCCAGAUGACAGGCUGUCUACCUUGGAAGUUCUUGCUAUCAUCCUAGUUACUAUAACCCGCCUGAAUAGCGACGAACUGCCGUCAGUUACCAAGACGGUACCUGUCAUGGUUAUCAGCUCGUUUCAAAACAUGAAGGCUCGAGUUCUGAUUGCAUAUUUGGCUUCCGAACAACUAAUCAUCCAAAAGACGCCGUUGCUUGACUUUGCAGAUGAAACAGCGGCGGACGUCAACACGACUCUUCUUAUGAGAUACAUGGCUUCUGAAGCUACUGGGGAUACUAAGGGCAUUGGGAUCUCCACUAACCCCCCCCCCCCCCCCCCCACGGUUCGCCACGUUAGACACCAAAAACUGAGAGAGCUCGCUAACAGUUUACAGUCGACGGAACCUACACCCCGGGCCGCCGGUACCUGGAAGAAUCUCACCUUGAGACUUCGCCGAUGA